CAACCUUCUUCGCGCCGCGACUAGUGUUUGUGUGCCUUCCUAGGGUUCUGCUCCCGAGUGUUACUAACACUCGCUAGCUAGUUUAUAUCUCAAGAUCAGGAUGUGGAAGUAUUUGCUAAUGGUGACAAUGAUGAUCCUACCUCCCCCCUGGGUCGUCGACUCUCACUCCGACCUCUUCUCCAACGUCAUCGUCGUCGAGGACGCCCCUGCAUGUUUUCGACGGUUCGCCACUGGCCGCAAGCUAGCCGACCGCUACCUCAGACGGACCGUCCCUACAGCCUCUCUGAGACAUUGCGAGGAGCUCUGCGCCCAGGAGGAGGCGUUCCUCUGUGAAGGGUUCAAUUUCAGGUUCGACGGUACCGGGCGAGGUCGCAGCAGUUGCCAGUUGACCUCUGUGCCCUCUGACCAUCUGGACCCAACGAUGGACUUCAACGCUGACCGAGACUACGACUUCUUCGAGCGCGACAGGAACGCUCCGAAGUCUUGCACUCGACCAUGGAGUGGACUCCGCCCGUGGACUCAAUACGGCUCGCAACGCUUACAUGGGGUUAUGGGGGGCUAUGGGGGCUAUGGUGUUGGGGGCUAUAGCAUGCGCCAUCCAUCCAGCGAUGAAUGUUUCGUGAGGAUGAGGCCAGGGUUUCGUCUAGAGAGGUCCAUCGUGGUCCUGACAGUAUCAGCUCCCACCCUCUACCAUUGCGAGACCGAGUGUGCCAACGAGAAGAACUUCGUCUGCAACAUCUUCAGCUAUCGGUACAGCCAAGGGCCGAGCCUGCCAGGUGACAACUGCCAGCUAGGCGAGCGUCUCUUCAGAGCUCUCGACCUGUACACGGACAUCGUGCCUGACCGGGACUUUGACAUCUACGCCAGAAACGAGUACGGCCGUCAAGGGUGCCGUCCCCAGCGUCCCUUCGGCAGCGAUUGCUUUGAAAGGAUAAGGAGUGGCCUAGGCCUACAUUCUGGUAUGACUAGACUUGCUGUGAGAGUCAACUCACUACAGGAGUGUGAACAAGCUUGCCUCAUGUCCAGGUUCUUCACCUGCCGAGCCUUCAGUUUCAGGUACAGUACUCCAGUUAUAGGCCAAGCCCAAGAGAACUGCAGACUGACUGACUGGCCUGUGCCCGAGAUGAACCCUAUGAAGCACCUGGUGGACGAGGCAGGGUGCGAGUUGUACCACAGGGCGAGCUACGGCCACGGUUGUGAGUUGGACCGAUGGCCUCAGGUACAGGGAAGGCCCCAGAGUAUACCCCCGGUCUACCGUCCCAACAAGUACCCCAGUUACGGCACCGCCCCUGGCAACUCCCUGUACUACGGUGACCACUCCGGACCCAGUGGCGGGGGGAAGGUGUCUACAUCGUCCCAGGCUUGGUAUGGGGGCAGGCCUACCGGAGUGUCUGGUACCGGAGCUGGGGUAUACCUUCCACCCUCCGCAUAUGGAGACACCUCAGGACUGACCUCUAGGCCGCUUGAUGACUUCUGCUACGUCAGCUACAACUACCCAGCGAGACUUCUGCCCAAAUCCAUCCACAACUCUCUCUACGUCACCUCAGAAGCCCAGUGUCGGGCGGAAUGUACACGAGCACGCAUGCGAUCCAUAUUCCGCUGCGCAUCUUUGAGCUACAGGGGUACUACUUGUGAACUGAGUGCUAUCGAGCUACGGGAUCUCAGACCGGGGUACGACUUUGUACACGACCGGGACUUCUGGCUGUUCUCAUGGGACUUCAGCGACGCCCGCUGCUACGUACCUCCUUCUGGAACACCACAACCCCUCCCAGGGGCCAUCCCCCCUACCAGUGAAACGUGGCAAAGAUUCACAGUUAGCGGACGACCCUGUAGAGCGGGCACAGUGUGCUCUAUGAACUUCGAGGUGGGCAUCUGGACGUGCCCAGUGGACGACGUAGGAGACUGGGACUACUGCUGUAGGUCUGGGCAUCACUGUGGCUACUCCGAGGGCUACAGCUACCCUUGGUGCUACGUAGGCAGUGCUGACAAAGACCAAUGGAGACCAUGUAGUGAUCACUACUACCCCUACGUUGGGGAGGACCGUCCCAUGCACUGGCCAGUCGCCUACCUACAUAGGGAGGGCCCUCCCAACGGUACCUUCCAACCGUCUCAUACUGGCACUCCCAGACCUUCCCUCGUAGAUGCCUUCCUCCAGACCAUCAACAACCACCUAAACCCUCAGCAGAACACUUCUUCACCUGACUUCCAGGUAGUAGAUCUGAAAACAGAACCACCACCCAACAAUGUAAACGGCAGUGCAAUGACGAAGCUAUGGACUUGGGGCCAAUCAAAAUUUAACUCCACAUUGACUACCGUAGACGUCAACAACGGUACUUCCAACAGCAACUCCACGUCAAGCAGUUGAGCAGCCAAGGUCAACCACCGUCAACAUCAACAACAUCAACAUCACAACAUCAAACGUCAACCGAGGGAUUUGCCAUACUCCUAUAGCUCUUCCUGACAAGAUGUUCGAUGAUGGUGUUAUUUGAUAAGUAACGAAUAUAAGAUAUGUCAAUUGGUCUCAAUUGUGUUUUCGCACUGAGAAAAUGAACUGAUGCUUUUGUGUUAGAAGAACGUAUCAACCCAAGAUGAUUAUGGGAGUGAAGGCGGUAAAAGGACAUUGAUCUCUUUUGUAUUCAAUUACACAUAGGUAUUUAGAGGCAACUUUUUAUUCCGAAGGUAGGUAAAUCAUGCUUUUGAUUCAUCAUUAUAAACACGAGUAUGGUUAUCAAACCAGCAAACUAUUGUCAAAACGUAAUUAAAGUCUUUCCAACGCUAGUGAAAUUUUACAGCUAACCAAUGUUUUUAUAGUAGUUUUCAAAAUAAUAUAGGUCAUUCAUGGUAUAAAAUAUAAAACAUGAAAUAUACUUUUGAUGAGUUGAUGAGGCGAAUCGUCCAAACACCCUCAUAAAUAAAAGUCGCAAGUGUGAUAAUAUUACAUUUUUAAUAAAUACUAUGAACACUGUUUAGAAUAUAGUAUAUUUGUAUAUUAUUUAUUUGUUAUAUUUGUAUUUAAUUUAUGUUUGUAAAACAAUUGUUUAGCUUAAGUGUGAUUGAAAUGGUGUAUUAUUGUUAUGAACCCAUGUGCAAUAUUUUUGUACGAGUACAGUAUAUCCUUCGUUCGGACAAUGCAUUUACAAAGAAGUAAGACAGACAAUGUACAUUAUACAUUUUAAUAGAAUAAAAAUACA